CCGGACGGGACAGAGAGGCAGGUCCCUCUGCUCAAGUCCACGGGCCCCAGGCUUUGUGGCUUUGGGACAAGUCGCCCAGUCUUUACAAAGUGGGUUAUUGGCAGCCGCUGGCUCAUGGAGUGGGGAGCGUCCCACUGAUGUAAAGCGUGGUAGCAACAGCUGUCUGGCACACGGCGCUUGAUGCGAGACCUCUGCUGUUGUUGGGUUGAAAUUCUGGGGCCUGGAGGUGGAGUGGGAAGAGGUGGAUAGGGAGGGAGUGGGCGAGUAGAUGUCUGAGGGGAAGGGCCGCCCGGAUCCCCUCUCCCAUCCCAUUGCAGGCGCACUUUUUGUCGUGCCCGGCCUGGCAUGAAUGCAGACCCGACUGACUCUGCAGGCUUGGCGGUCUAAACGGGCCGGGAGAGCCCAGGGCGAGGGCGGGAAGUCGAGGCUGUCUUGUCUCGGGGCUUCUCUGAGGUCGUGGGCUCCACCAGCGCCUUCAGCCUGCCUGCGUUUGUUUGAGGCUGUUUGGUUCCUUUUUCCGCUCCUUCAUUCAUUCCUGGAUUUGUUCCUUCAGUUUUUGUUUUUUUGUUUUUUAAAAAAAAUUUUAGAUUUAUUUAUUCAUUUAUUUAAUUUUUGGCUGCGUUGGGUCUUCGUUGCUGCGCGCGGGUUUUUCUCUAGUUGUGGCGAGCGGGGGCUGCUCUUCGUUGCGGUGAGUGGGCUUCUCGUUGCGGUGGCUUCUCUUGUUGAGGAGUACGGGCUCUAGGCGCGCGGGUUUCAGUAGUUGUGGCGCACGGGCUUCAGUAGUUGUGGCUCACGGGCUCUAGAGCACGGGCUCAGUAGUUGUGGCCCACGGGCUUAGUUACUCCAUUGCAUGUGGGAUCUUCCCGGACCAGGGCUCGAGCCUGUGUCCCCUGCAUUGGCAGGCGGACGCUUAACCACUGCGCCACCAGGGAAGCCCUGUUCCUUCAGUUUUUAUGUACUGAUUGUUACCACGUAGUAAGUACCAAGGCAGUGGGGAUAAAGUCUCUUCCCCACGGGGACUCUUAGAGCAGUUUGGAAUUAAAUAGCUUUACCUUUAAAUAUCUAAUCACACAUUGCAAUGUGUGCUCUGGAGGAGGGAUGCAGGGUGUUGUGGGAUAGGAUUGGGAGAACUGGGAGAGGCUUCCUGACUGAAAAUCUGAAGGAUGAGGAGGAUUUUGUAGGUGGGUAGGAAGGGCAAUGGUGUUCCUUUUAAGUGGAGAGAUAGUGUGAAAGGGUCCUGCAGUGAAAAGACGCAUUCCCGCCACUGUCCUCUCCUGCUACGGAAGAGAAUGACAGCAACAGCCAGAUGCCAGUAACUCAGAAAUGAAUCAGAUACAGUUCCUGCCCCUGGAGAGCAGUCUCGAAGAAGAAAUAAGGCUGUACGCAUAAACCACAAUUAGAAUGAGGCUGACACGUGCCCUAAGAAACACACAUUCACUCAGUUGGCAAGUAUUUACCGGCAUUUACUGUGUGGUGGGCACUUUGCCAGGUGCCGAGGGUACAUGGAUGUCCGGAGGUUACAAACUGAAUGGAUACAAUGCAGCUGCAGUUCCGAGGGGGAAAGUUUUUGCUAACUGAGACUCUAAGGCUGGUGUUUGCUUCUGGAUGCCUGGGAGAGUAGUGGUUCAGAACUUGGAUUUUGAAUCAGGGCAGGGAUCAGGCUGUUGGCCUCCGACAAGUUGCUCUUUCCCGAGCCUCGGUUUUCUGAACUCCAUAAUCGGGACAGAAGAAUAAAACACGUAGUGCCGUGUCUGGCAGAUGCUGGCGCUCAGUAAGUGGGCACUGCUCUUAUUUUUGCAGGGCACUCUUCACCCUCCCAGGAGCCCCGGAAGUGGCUGUCAGGUUCAGGUCUCUGAGGAAGGCCAGGGUGGCUCCUGUUUUCCAGGAUGGACUUCCCCAGCUCCCUCCCUCCCUCGUUGUUUACGACUGGCCCCCUUGGUCUGAGCGAUGUCCCUGACGUGUCCUUCAUGUGCAGCUGGAGAGACGCGCUGACCCUGCCGGAGUCCCUGCCCCAAGGUCCUGAGAACGUGGCGCCGCACGUGGCCAAGGGCCUGCUCUGGGAGCCGGACACCCCUGGGCCGCUGCCCUUGCUGCCUCCUGGUCCCGAUCCCUGGGACCCUGGCGUGACCGCCCAGGAUCUGCUUUUCCGGGGAGGUUACCAGUUCCGUAGACAGCCCCAAGCCGUGCUGGACGUUACUGAGCAGCUCAGCCGGUUCUUGUGGGACCAUGGGGACAUAGCCUUUGCACCCCUGGGGAAGCUGAUGCUGGAGAAUUUCAAACUGGAGGGAGCACGGGGCCGCUCUAAGAAGAAGACAGUGGUCAGCGUGAAGAGGCUGCUCCAGGACCUCGGUGGACACCAGCCCUGGGGCUGUCCCUGGGCUUACCUCAGCCACCGCCAGCGCCGGUUCUCCAUCCUUGGGGGCCCGAUCCUCAGCACGUCGGUGGCGAGCCUCCUGGGGGAGCUGCUGCACGAGGAGCUGGCCCUGCGCUGGGAGCAGCUGCUCCUGGACGACGCCUUCACUGGGGGCGCGCUGGCCUGGGUGCCCGGCAGGACGCCCAGGGCUGGGCAGCUGGUCUACCCCGCAGGAGGCGCCCUGGACAGGCUGUACUUCCAGAAGGUCAGCCUGACCCCAGGCAGUGAGCCCCGGGUUCUCGGAGGCCCUGGCCAUAUCCGGCUCCGGGGACCUGUCCGGCAGGUGGUGACCCGCACCGUGCAGGGAGAAGGUAAGGCCCAUAGACACCUCCCCCGUCCACUCACUGACCUGUUGCCUGACUCUGACCCUGACCCUGACCCUGACCCUCACCCUCUCCAUCCCUCAGCUCUGCUGGCUGUCCGCUCUGACUACCACUGUGCCUUGUGGAAGGUCAGUAAGCAGGGGCAGCCGGCCCCUGUCCAGGUGUUGCAGGUCGAGAAGGGGGCCACAGGGAUCAGCCUCAGCCCUCACCUGCCUGGAGAGCUGGCCAUCUGCAGCCGUUCCGGAGCCAUCUGUCUGUGGACUCCCCAGGACGGGCUGCGGCAAAUCUACAAGGACCCCGAGACCCUUGUGUUCCGGGACCCCUCUCCCUGGCGUUGGGCAGACUUCACUGCCCACCCUCGAGUGCUGACUGUGGGUGAUCGCACCGGAGUGAAGAUGGUGGACACUCAGGGCCCGCCGGGCUGUGGUCUGCUGCUUUUUCGUGGAGGGGCAGAAGCAUCGUGCCAGAAAGGGGAACGGGUCCUGCUCACCCAGUACCUGGGGGAGUGCGGCCCCGAGUGCCUGCACCCCACGCUCCACCUCAUCUGCACCCAGUUCUCGCUCUACCUGGUGGAUGAGCGCCUCCCCUUGGUGCCCCUGCUGAAGUGGAACCACGGCCUCCCCUCCGCGCCCCUGCUGGCCCAGCUGCUGCCCCCGCCCCGCACAGGCCUCCCGCGGCCGCUGCUCCUGGCGGGCCAGGGUGGGGAGCUGCAGCUGCUGCACGUCGCAGGAGAGGGGGCCUCCACGCCCCGGCUGGCAGGGCCCCCCCAGUCUCUCCCUUCCAGGAGCGACUCCCUCUCUGCCUUCCCCCUGCUGGAGCCCAAGAGUCAGUGGCGGCUGCAGGAACGUCUGAAAGCACCAGCCAUAGGUCUGGCCGCCGCCAUCCCACCCUCCACUUCCACGCCGGUGCUGUCACUCUUCCAACUUUCGGCGGCUGGAGACGUCUUCCACCAGCGCCUCCACCUCCAGGGAGAGCCCGGGCCUGACUCUCCUGCCCCCACGGCUUCCUGGACCCCCCAGGCCACUGCCUCCUGCAGCCGGUGGCUGAAGGCCCUGCUGGAGGUGCCCCCGGCUCCCCCCGUGUGGGCUGCACCCACCUUCUCCCACCGCCGCCUGCUGGGCUGCUUUGAGCCUCAGAAGGCAGAGGGCAAAGCGCCAGAGGGUCUUCGCACGGCCAUGGCCAAAGGGCGUCUCCUGCAGCCGAGGGACCUGGGCCUGCUCCCCACGGAAGAGCGGGCCCCCGCCCCCGAGCCAGGCCCCGAGGACGAGCUCAGCGAGCGUUUGGAGGCAGCCUGGGAGGGCCAGGCGGCGGCCUGGUGGGAGAGGCGGCGGGGCAGCGGCUCGGGGCCCGGCAAACAGCCCAAGCGGCACAAGCGCCGGACUCAACUGUCCAGCACCUUCUCCUCACUCAGCGGCCGCUUAGACCUCUCAGACGCCGCCAGCCCCCCUCCCAGCCCAGAGCGGACACUGCCCGAGGCCAGGCCUCAGCCCCCAGUGACCCCGCCCUCCCAGGAGUUCACCCAGGAGCUGUGGGCCCGGGGCGUCCCCUCGGAGCGGCAGCAGACCCUCCGGGACUACAUGGCUGAGCUGCCGCUCCGAGGGGACGCCCCGGGGGCUGCCUCUGUGCCCUCCUCCCAGGCCUCCAGCGUCCGGGCCACCCCCUCCCGGCAGCGGGCAGCCGUCCGCUCCGGCUCUCAGCCGCACUGGAAGAAGCCCCGCAUGGGCUUCUGACGCCCGGGGAAGCUGCCCCCCACCUCCAGGGAGCCCUUUGUCCUGGAUAAGCUGUGCCUUUUGUGGUUGAAACGGGCCAGGGUGCAGACCUUCCUGCUUUUUGAAGGCCUUCGUGACUGCGGGAGACAUUCAGAAGCGAUUUGAGUCCACGUUGGAGGAAGGAGGACACGGUAGUCGUUUCUCCUGUAGCUCGUGCUCCCAGGGGCACGUUGAGAAGUCCUGGGAGCCCCGUCCUGAAGGUCAGUGUCGCCAGGAUCCCCUCCAGCCGACAGUGUCGUGCUGGAAAGCGGGGGCUCCAGGCGGCCGAGGGCUCCGCCACGCACGGGCCCCCGGGGACGUGGCCAGUGACGGUGAAGUGAGCUGCCCAGCCUGCCGGUGCUCCGCUGCUGGGUGUUAGAUGGUGCUAGAAACCGCUUCACACACACACACACCUAACGUUUUGUAGAGGGAGGCACUUUGGACCCACGUUUAGGGGUUGAAUAAACUUGUCACCUGA